CGCAAACAUUGGACGUGGUCGACCGGAGAAGCAAACGGGACCGUUUUAAUAAAUUACUACUGCCAUGCUGCCUGCUGCGUCUGGACCAGUUCCAUUCUCUCUUCUGCUUGUGUUGCUGCUGGGGGUUGGCCUCCCCAAAGCCGACGCCUCCCCCCAGCAGCUACAGCAGGGUGCCCCCUCCGCUGGCCUCGGCCACCAUGCCAGCUGGUCCAUCGGGCUGCGGCUGUACCGCGCCUUGCGUACGGGCAGCGGUGACGAUGCCCAGAAGACCAACGCUCUCUUCUCGCCUCUGAUGCUGGCCGCCUCGCUGGACGCCCUGGGCGAAGCCUCCAAGGGCGCCACCGCCGGGCAGAUCCGGGAGCUGCUGAAGCCCUCCGGCCAGAAGGGGGCAGUAGCAGCAACAACAGCAGACUUCCCCCAGGCUCUGAAGUCCAUGCUGGAGGCCAACAACACGGCAUACUCCCUCCACGGCGCCUCGGCCCUCUUCACCAAGCAGGCCGCCGGGCCGGACCAGAACUUCCUGAAGAAGGCCCGCAGCGCGUCCAGAUUGGACCACGUGCCGCUAGCCACUGCAGGGGGAAGGCAGUCGGACUCGGCCGCCCUCCGCGCCUGGGUUCUGGGAGCCACUGGCGGUGUCAUGGUGGACCACCAGCCAAGCCAGGAGCCGCAGGCUCAGAGCGGAGCCCUGAUACUGGGCAACGCGCUGAGAUUUAAAGGUCUGUGGGACCGAGGCUUUGCAGAGUCGAGCGAAGACCUGCGUAAUUUCCUAGGAGUCAAGUACACAAGAGUUCCCAUGAUGCAUCGGUCAGGUGUGUACCGUCACUACGAGGAUGUGGAGAACAUGGUCCAGGUGCUGGAGGUGGACCUGUGGGGUGGCCAGUCCAGCAUGCUGCUGCUGCUGCCCUUCCACGUAGAGGGCCUGGAGCGCCUGAACAAGCUGCUGAGCCUGGAGCAGCUGCGGAGGUGGCACAGCAAACUCACCACCACCAGCAUAGCCAUGUCCCUGCCCAAGGUCAACCUCACCAGCGCCCUCAACCUGCAGGCUGCCCUGUCAUCGCUGGGCUUGGCGGACGCCUGGGACCAGGGGAAGGCCGACUUCUCCGGCCUGGGGGGGUCGAAGGGGAAGCUUCACCUGGGAGGUGUAAUGCACUGGGCGUCCCUGGAGCUGGCCCCCCAUUCAGGUCACAAAGAGGGGGAGGAGGAGGAGGAGGACGAGGAGGAGGAUGAGGAGGUGGAGAGGCCCAAGCUCUUCUACGCAGACCACUCCUUCAUCGUCAUGGUGACGGACAAGCCCACAGGAGCGCUGCUCCUCAUCGGCGCCGUGGACACGGCCGAAGGGCGCAGCCUGCACGACGAGCUUUAGGCACUGCCACCACUUACAGCAGCACACACC